AUGACUACUGUAGUAGCAACAACUGGAAUAGUAAACAAUCUGCAUGAGAUUUGCAAGGUUUUCGCAAAAUAUAUUUCAGAUUAUAUCCGCUUUUUGAACAAGUUUAUUGGUCACUUACGGAAAGUAGCUACUCUGAGGUUUGAGAGAACGACGUUAAUCAAAUAUGUCAAAAAAUUAAGGUUCUUGCAUGAUACCUUGACGAGUUACGAUGUCUACUCAGACAUAAAUAUUGAUGGCGAGACAGCAUUGGCAAAUGAAAUCUUGCCUAUGGCAUCUUUCUACUUGAAGAUCGUUGAACUUUUAGAUAUGCUGAAUUUCUACUUGACACAAUCAUUGCAGAAAGAAAUCAUCUCGAAAACCUUGAAUAAUGACUUGACCCUACCAGAGGAAUCCAUAUCCACUAUUGAGGACUGCUACAAUCAUUUUGUCAAGUUUGCCGAGUGGAUGAUUGAAUCAUUAGACAUUGGAACCCCUUUUCUUCAAAUUGAAGUAAUACAGUUUGCUAAGAAAUGCGCAAUUGAAGAUAACGUAGAUCUUGAAAGCACGAAUGAUAUAUUCCUGCAAGAAGUGGCUCCUGUGGAGGAUUCUGAGGAAUAUGAUAAUCUCUCCAAAGAGUGGUCAUUACUUUUAGAAGAAAAGACACUUGCACUCGAUAUUCAUUUCGUUCAGAUUUUGAAUCACUGGAGUGAAAAAUUCGAUAAAAAGAAAGACGCUAAAUGA